AUGUCGCCACAUGCUGAGCUGAAAGAAGGCAUGGCAAUUUGCGUCAAGGACGGCAGCUCAAGAGUGCCUGGAAGGAUUCAGGAAAUCUCUCGAACCGAAGGUGUGAAAGUGCAAUACAAAACAAAAGGCCAAGAAGGCUCCUGUCAAGAAGAGUGGCUUCCGCUUCACCGUUUGCUAGUGCCUGACUUUACCAAGAUUGAGGCAGGUAUGCAGGUGACGGUCAAAGUGACUGUCAAAGAUGUCGCCACUGGCAUUCCCUUCCAUUGUAGAGUCUUGCAAGUGUCAAAUGAGAAAGAAAGAGCAUGGGCUCCAGUGUAUGUGCAUUACAAUGGCCAUGAAUCAGAUUAUGAUGAGUGGGUAGGUGUUGACAGGCUUCAGAGCAAGUGGCUGACGUUGCAUGAGCCAGUACUGCCAACCGGCCAAUGCUCUGAGAGACUUGGACAGCCGAAUGGGUCUGCAAGAUGGCGGACCGUUGAGCGAGACACUCCAGUGAUUGCAAGCACUGCCCAAUCUUCCAAUCAGGAUCUUCAAAAGCCAAGUGUGACACACGACGUUGUUUCAGCGCCUGCCGCAGCAGACUUGCUGGAUGCUUCGGCCUCGAAUGCCAUGCCGUGGCACGAGCCUGACUCGGAGGCUGAUGCCUUCAACCAUGCCCUCCAAGCCACCGAAGAGGCCUUGACCCAACAAGCGCCUGCAGCGCAUUGGCAAUCAAGACUUGAACGGACACUUGCAGCAGUGGAAACUGAGGGCCUUCGUGGUGUUCUGGAAAAGCAUGGCUGGUCAGGUCAGCAAUUUGUUGAUUCACCGGAGUUGGCAGAGCUCCUGGAAGACCUAAAUGGAGUCUCAGGCCUGCGCGAAGAAGACGGUGACGGCGACUCUGACACAGACUUUGAGCCUUCGAUCCCACCGUCCAAUGACAUGGAGUCAUCUUGUGCUGGUGCGCUCAUUGAUUGGGAGACCCUGAUCGCAAACCAGCCAGCCAUUUUGGACUCGUUGCAUCAGCUUCCACGCAUUGUUGUUUGUGGGACCUUUCGAUCCAUCAGCGGCAAAGAUCUGUCAAAAUGUUCUGGUGAGGUCAUAGUGCAACGCGGACCUCCAGCACUGCAUGGCUGCAAGGUGAAGAUUUGGUGUGGCAAAAACCGGGGCCCCACUUGGGACUACGACAAAUGCUAUGUCAAGAUCUUGGAUGCGCGCGUAUUGGGGAACAGCCACCAACCACCUGAUGGAAAAGCAUUGGAUGUGGAAAGGAUGGAGCUCUUUGGGCGCAUCGUCGAUCGCAUGGAAUUCGGAGUUCCCAGACAGAAGCUCUUCGUGCGCGUGAGGCCGAAAGUCGUGCACAAUGCAAGAUGUGUGACCUUCAAGCCGAUCAAUGGCAAACUGCCGGCCAUUUCAGUGCCCUGGAACACUGCCGUGGAACUUCCAAGCGGCCAUGAUUUGCAUGUCGUAGAAGUGCUCGAUUGGAAUGGCGAUCGCUGUCCAAGAGGACAGUACUUGGAGGACUUGAAGAUGCACUCGCGCGAUUCAGACACGUCCAUCCUGGAGGCCGUCCAGAUCUCUCUGAACUUCUGCGACUGGCCACGGGGUGAUCCCAGAAGUGAGCUCGCAGUGGCAGAUUUUCCACAACCCAUGAGGAGAAGGGUGGCAGACAGCGGUUUGACGGUGGGCAUUCAACAUCCAGGUCUCCCCAUUGGCAUGGUGAUGUCCUGCGACCAAAACGAAUUCCACAUGCACGCAUACCUGGAUGCUCUGGGAAUGGAGGUGGAACACUUGGUACGUCAACGGUCAGUGGGAGCAUGGUUUCUGGAUCAUCUCGACAACCCCUUGGAGGCGAACUUGCCACUGUUCCCUCCCAACAUUGAGGAUCAGCUCACGUUCAAAGUGGGUAUGGAACGGCCUGCAGUGAGUUUCACAUUUGAGGCAGCACAGGGCAAGCCCAGAGUCUCCGUGAGUGAGACGACUGUGCGAUGCGACCGCAUCCUGAACCCUUCUGAGGCUGGAGAGAUGAUCCUUUCUGAUGAGGGAGGUGAUUUUGGUCAAGUGCUCCGGCGCUUAUAUUCUCAUGUGGUGGAAUUUCGGAGAGCUGACCUUGCCAGCGGAAGUGGAUCUGUCCUCGAACAUCUGUUGGUCGAAAAAGAAGAGCUUCCAGGUCCACUGGUGGCAACAGAACAGCUCUUGCAGGGCUGCAUGUGCAUGGUGGAUCGCCAUGUUGGAGCGGCUUUGUCGGCUGACGCCUGGAAUCAGCUCUUGCACGGAGAGGAAGACGGUGAGGAAGAUGCCAAACUCACUGUCAGGUACAUCCAGGGCAAGGCUGAUCCCAGCACUUGGAAGGUCAUUGAGCGAUUGCUUAGAGUGAAUCACAAUGAUCGAGACAAGGAGAUCCGCGUGGCAGACGUGAUGCGCACGCUGAGAGACAUAUUGCAGCAGCCAGGGCUUACGAAUGCCCAGAAACAUGCCAUGCGCGCUUCUUUUCUGCGGCGUUUGCAUGCUGCGCUUCCGGCUGGAUACUACGAGGUCGCCCCAGCAUGCGAAGAUUCCAGGAACACAAGCCAUUGGUGGCAUCCGGAGCCUCGAUUCCACGUUACAUCUCCGUUGCAUCGCUACAUCGACAUUUUGGGCAUGAGAGCUUUGAAGUGUCAGCUUGGAUGGACAGCUUCGCAUCCUCACCUGCUGCUCUCCCGGAGGCACUUGGAGGAGGCUGUCGCUCGGACCAACUGCAGGAUGGCUGCGGAAAGCUUCGGGCGGCACAUCUUUCGGACCAUCUCGAGGAUGCGAGAGCUCUCUGGCCAUGGUCAGUUGAUCAAAGAUGCCGUGAUUGGAGCAGUUGGCCCUACCUAUAUCAACAUCUUGGAGAUGAAAGUCCCUGUGAACGCUCUGUGUGGCUCCAGCUGUGUCUCUGAGUACGAUGUGGCCACCCAAUCCCUCAAGCUCACCAGGCAAAACGGCAGGGAUCCCGUGCACAUCGUGCGGAUCUUGUCCUGGUUCGCCCGGCGAAUGACCUGCGUGGUCGCUCGCAACUACGCUCAGCCCAUCCCGCACCACGCCAGCCCCAACUCCAUCGUCGUUUGGGAAAUCAGGUUUCACGGAGAGAAGGACGUCUUUCCCACGGGCCUCCAGACCUUUCCGGAGUCCUUCCCCUCCUGGCCGGACCUCACAGAUUGGCCCUUACUGGACCGCAAGAUGGACACCUACUCACAGGUGUGGUCCCGGAUCAAAUUGUGCCAGGUCCAUGCUGCUGCUGUGGCCAGUGAUGCCUACACCACAGCUGGGGUGGUCAGCGACUUGAAUUGGUUCUCCACCAGUGGUGCUUGGCACUUCGAAUGCCAAGUUGACGUGAAGCUGUUGCAGUACCAGUGGCUGGAGCCAGGAGAUUUGGCGGUUCUCAGCUUGGAGCGCGAAGGCAAAUGCGCCAGCCUGCAGGGUACCCUAGUGAAGAUCAGAGGCAAAUGGCCAAACCCUGUGGAAGGGAAGAGUUUCAUCGUGGAGGUGGAGCUGUCUGAAAUUUCGGAGCUGGCUUGGCAUGCCCAGGAAGCCUUCUUGGAUGGUGCUUCCAAUUGGCGCCUGCACUUCAUUCUGAUCCCUCCAAAUGAGAAGAAGAGCAUCCAACUGCUACAGGACAUGCAGAGGUCUUGCCCAUUGCAAGGCAUGCGCUUGACAGUUCCUAGAAGCACAAAGGAGAUGAAGAGGGAGAAGGAGAUGCGACCUCUACUGACCAAAGAAGAGGUCAGAUGUGCAAUGCAGUCGGCCUGCGACGCCAAGCUGAAUGAAAUGCAGACGCUGGCGAUUCAGAGAGCCCUGCAAAGGACGUUUUCAAUGGUUCAAGGGCCCCCAGGGACGGGCAAGACCUCCAUGCUGGUUCAGUGCGUGGACACUCUCUUGUCAGCCCCAAGACCGUGGAAGAAAGGGGAUGGCCGAAUCUUGGUCUGCGCACCAUCAAACCACGCAGCAGACCACAUCCUAGACCGACUGGUGAGCGCUGGCAUACCAGCUCACUACAUCGUGCGAAUAUAUUCCAGGGGCAUUGAAAGAUCGUGCGAAAGCAAGUACAAGGGUGGGACAACAAAGACGGAGCGAAUCUUUGAGAUUCAACCGCACCUCGAAGAGCACGCACUGCAUCGAAAGGUCGGUGAAUCACACAAGGUGAAGAAGUUGCUUCCGGCAAACGGUCAAGAAACUUUCGACAAAAUGUAUGAAGCUGAAGAACUACAAGUUCUUCGUGCUGCGCGCAUAGUGAUCACCACAUGUACAAACGCUUACCUCCAUACCUCCAUGGUGCAGGGCGAACCGCCCCACGUGGUUCGCCCGGUGAGCUUCGACAGUAUCGUCAUCGACGAGGCGGCACAGGCCAGUGAGCCAGACGUCGUGCUGGCGGCCACAUCGGCCAGCUGCCGCGUCAUCGUGGUGGGCGAUCACAAACAGCUAGGUCCAGUGGUGCCAGAGACCAACCUAUGUGCACCUUACAUCAGUGCGUUGGAGACCCCAUUUUUGGAGAGGAUGUAUCAAAACCCUCGGCGCUCAUCGGCGAGCACCAUGCUUAUCCAGCAGUACCGAAUGCAUCCAUCGAUCCGGAGCUUUCCAUCGUCGCAGUUCUACGAGUCCAUGCUGGAGGACCAGGUGUCGAUCCCGCAUCGGCCGCAGCUGAACUGCAUUUGGCCACAGAAGAAGGAGCAUCGGCGUUUCAUUGAUUGCCGGACACCGCAGUCUAUGGGCCUCUCUCCGGACUUGCACCGCACCUGCGAUGCGGCUUUGAUGGAGAGCAAGGUUUCCUUGAAGAACGUGGGAGAGGCCCGAUCUGUGGUGGCUGCCUGUAAAGCAUUGCUGCGACAGAAAUGCGACCCGCGGGACAUCGCAGUGAUCACUCCCUACAAAGCCCAGCAGCAUGAGAUUCGUGCCAGGCUGGAGCGGGAGGUUGGCUACCACUCAAAGUCCAUCCUUGUGGGCACCGUUCAUGCCCUGCAGGGCUCGGAGCGGGAGUACAUCAUCGUGAGCUUCGUCCGCAGCACCUCAGAGGACGAGGACGUGGUCACCUCCGUUGCGAAGACCACCGGAGACUCCGUGGCGCUACAGGAGAUGUACGCAAAAAGCUUGGGAAUCCUCGAAAACUUCCGCGUGUUGAAUGUGGCCAUCACAAGAGCCAAGUAUGGCCUCAUUUGUGUUGGAAAUGCAGACGUGUUGAGCAAAGGAUCCAAAGAUUUCCGAGAUUUCAUUCACAGCUUGAGGUCAGAACAUGGCAAGGUGGAGCACAACCCACACGACAGCGACAGCCCUGGUGCAAUAGAGACCUUGAGAGUAGGACACUGUGGAAAUACCGUAAAGCUAACCGUCCUUCGCCAAGUUUCCUUACCAAACCAGGACAGGGAAGAUCUCGAGCAGGACUUGAAGGAUGUGGUGAAGAAAGUCCAUCUCCGUGUGAUUCUGAAGGAGCACUCGAAGCUAAAGACCUCAAAGAGUCCAGCAUCAGCUGCAGAUGCAGCUCGAACUCGUGUGCCAGUGCCAGAUCCACAAAGAAUUGGCAGUGGGCAGGUGGUGCUGAUACCCAUCUGGUGCCUGCGCUCGAUCCAAGGGAAGGUUCACUCCGAGAUGACCUUCACCUCGGGAAAACACAAGGAUGCAUCCGUGUUGGAGCUCUUUUAUGAACUGUUGAGAGAAAGACAACGUCCAGAAGACGUGGAACCGCUGCAAGUCGUGGUAGAUAAACGUGGGCUGCACAUUGUGAGAGGACAUCGCCGCGGUCUUGUCUUGGGUAUGCUUCAAGGAGCAUGGCGGCAUCGAACAGUGAAGGCACCUUGCCUCUUGUACGAUGCAAAGGACCCUGUGGUUGCCGGUCAGUUCGCAAACAUGGAUACAACGGUGGAUGGCCUCGGGCUGCAUUUGCAUGGGAGGCAUUCUGAAGCUUGGCAUAGGGGCAAGCCUCUUUUUCGCACUUCCCAAGAGUGGUGCGAUUCCGUGGCUGAUGUGCAUGUGGAAGAAUCCCACAGAAGCCCAGAAGUCCGCUCAACCCGCUUUAGCAAAUCAGACUUGCUGAGUUUGCGUAGAAUUGAACCUUUGAGCGCCAGCAUUCGGCUCUUACUUCCAAAAAUUGUAAAACGACCUCCUCGAAAAAGCUUAAGCCCUAUCACAGGAGGUGCAGAGCUAAAAGAGGGCAUGGCGGUCUGCGUGAAGGGCAGUGACUCCAAGAUGAUGUCCGGUGAAGUUCUGGAAAUUGCUGGGGCUCAAGGAGUCAAAGUGCGCUACACUGCAAGAGAGUCAGCGGGAAAGUGUGAUACAAUCAUGGGCUGGUUUCAGAUAGACCAGUUGAAGGUGCCUGACUACUCCAGGAUCAAACCAGGCAUCCAGGCAGCUGUAAAAGGCACCACCACCGACAAACUUUGCCAUUGUGUCGUCUUGCAAGUGUCGCAAGAGAAAGACAGAGUCCAAGCUCCUGUGUAUGUGCACUACCACGGCUUGGAAUCAGAUGAUGAUGAGUGGGUAGGCGGGGAGAGGCUUCAAAGCAAGAGGCUGAAGUUGCUUGAGCCUACACUACCCACUGAAGAGACAAAAGAUGAGCACUCUGAAAGUGUGGAGGGGCAGAGAGGCUCCACAACUCUCAUGAGCUGCCAGAGCCUAGAGCAAGGCGCUUCCAUGAUUGCAGGUGCUGCUCCACCAUUUUGCAGAAGCAGAGACGCAACGGAUGGCUCCAUCGCAGGAACAACGGAACUGAAAGAGGGCAUGGCGGUCUGCGUGAAGAGCAGUGACUCUAAGAUGAUGUCUGGGCAGGUUCUGGAAAUUUCUCCGGAUCAAGGUGUCAAAGUGCGUUGCACUACAAGAGGCUCGGAGGGCCAACAUGCAAUAGACUGGUUUCAGAUAGACCAGUUGAAAGCGCCCGAUUACUCUAGGAUCAAACCAGGCAUGCGGUUAAGUGUACGUGCACUUGACAGCAGCAAGCAGUUUGCGUGUACCGUCUUGCGAGUAUCAGACGAGAAAGACAGAACCCUAGCUCCUGUGCGCGUGCACUAUGAGGGGCGUGCCGAAAGCCAUGAUGAAUGGGUUGGCGCAGACAGGUUUGGAAGCAAGUUACUGAAAUUUAAUCAGCCUACAUUCCCUCCUGAGCUGAUGAAUGACCAGUCCUCUGGAUGUAUUGAAGGGCCCAGAGGGGCUGCUGAAACUUGCUUUGGUGCAUCUGCUGAUGGAUCAGUCCGCAAAACACAGGAGUGCCGGGUUGAUCUUUGUGGUGCAGAAUCGAAGUUCGUUUGCUGCCAAUGGUUGGCUGGCACAUGUGUGCAUGAAGGGCACCAUUCCGUCGGGAAGAAACUCUACUUGCAUGAGGAUAUCUCCGGCUUGCAAUGCGGCAUGAAGAACAGUUGCAAGUACAAGCACUAUGAAACAAGAAAUGCCUCUUGCGGUUCCGGCCCAGCCUUGAGAUGUCGGGCUGUUGAGCAAGACCCUCAAUCGGCUACAAGUUCUUCUCAGCCUGGCAUUCAGAGCAAAAACGGCUCCAUCGCAGAAACAACGGAGCUGAAAAACGGCAUGGCGGUCCGUGUGAAGGGCAGUGUCAAAGUGCGUUACGCUACAAGAGGCCCGGAGGGCCAAUGCGAGAUAGAGUGGCUGCCACUGGACCGGUUGCAAGUGCCAGACUAUUCCAGGAUCAAACAAGGCAUGGAGAUAAUUGCAAAACACAGCAAGAAGCUCUUCCCAUGCACUGUUUUGCAAGUGUCAGACCAGAAAGACAAAGCCCGAACUCCUGUACAUGUGCGGUACAAUGGCCCUGCAGCGUUUCAAGAUGAAUGGGUUGGCGCAGAUAGGAUUCAGAGCAACUUGCUGAAGUUUGCUGAACCUACGCUCGCCACAAAGAUGAAUGACCAGUCCUUUGGAUGUAUUGAAGGGCCCAGAGGGGCUGCUGAAACUUGCUUUGGUGCACCUGCUGAUGGAUCAGUCUGCAAAACACAGGAGUGCCGGGUUGAUCUUGGUGGUGCAGAAUCGAAGUUCGUUUGCUGCCAAUGGUUGGCUGGCACAUGUGUGCAUGAAGGGCACCAUUCCGUCGGGAAGAAACUCUACUUGCAUGAGGAUAUCUCCGGCUUGCAAUGCGGCAUGAAGAACAGUUGCAAGUACAAGCACUAUGAAACAAGAAAUGCCUCUUGCGGUUCCGGCCCAGCCUUGAGAUGUCGGGCUGUUGAGCAAGACCCUCAAUCGGCUACAAGUUCUUCUCAGCCUGGCAUUCAGAGCAAAAACGGCUCCAUCGCAGAAACAACGGAGCUGAAAAACGGCAUGGCGGUCCGUGUGAAGGGCAGUGUGGACCAGUUGAAGGUGCCUGACUAUUCCCGGAUCAAACAAGGCAUGGCCAUGACGGUGGAAGCUGUCAGUUGUAACAAGUCUCUCUAUUGUACGGUGCUGCAAGUGUCGGAAGAGAAAGACAGAGCCCGAGCUCCUGUGCAUGUGCGCUACAAUGGCCGCACAGCAACUCAUGAUGAAUGGGUUGGUGCAGACAGGAUUCGGAGCAACUUGCUGAACUUUCUCGAGCCUACACUACCGAAUGAGCAGGCAAAGGGAGAGUCUGAAAGUCAGGAAGGGCUUGCUGCAACAUUGAGAUGGGGAACCAAAGGGCAGGAUGCAACUGCUUCUCAGCCCUCUAGUGAAGAGCCUAGUGGCACUGGUAUCCCACAAGAUGGGUUGUCCACACUUGCCUUGCCGUGGUACGAACAUGACUCAGAUGCUGAUGCCUGUGAUGGGGCUCAUUCGCCCCAGUCGGAUGGAGCGGUUGGCCCACGUGAAGAGGAGAGUGACAGUGACUCUGAUGCGUAUUCAGAGCGGUCGAUCCCACCAUCAAAUUUCAUAGAGUCGUCUUGUGCUGCUGGGCCCAACGACUGGGAAGAGCGCAUGGCGAGACAGCCAGCCACCUUGGACUCCCUGCGGCAGCUCCCAGGGCUGCUGGUCUUUGGAACUUUUCGAUCCACAGGUGGCAAGGAGGCAUCGAAACGUUCUGGAGAGGUGAUUGUGCAUCGCGGCCCUCGAGCACUACAUGGCUGCAAGAUCAUGAUUUGGGGUGAUAAAACGCGGGGUCCCACAUAUGACCACGACACGUGUUAUGUUCGAAUCUUGUAUGCCCCAACCUUAGUUGAGUCUUUAGCCGAAUCUCAGGAUGAUGGUUUGAAGAUUGCCAGGAUGGAACUCUUUGGUAGGGUCGUCCACGCGAUGGAAUUCGGAGUUCCCAGGCAGAAGCUCUUCGUGUGUGUGAAGCCUAAAGUGGUACGCAAUCCAAAAAGUGUGGCAUUUAAGCCGAUCAACGGCAAACUGCCGGCCAUCCAAGUCCCGUGGAACACAGCUUCCAAACUACCAAGUGGCCAUGAUUUGCAUGUCGUAGAGGUGCUCGAUUGGCAAGGCGAUCGCCCCCCCAGGGGACAGUACUUGAAGGCCUUGAAGAUGAGUUCACGGGAGACAGACACAUCCAUCCUGGAGGCAGUCCAGAUCUCCUUGAAUUUCAGUGACUGGCCGCGGGGCAAUCCAAGAAGUAAGCUCCCAGUAGAUUUUCCGAAGCCGCCAAGGAGAAGCAGUGUCGAAGGCAGCGGUUUGACUGUGGGCAUUCAACAUCCAGAUCUACCUAUUGGCAUGGUGAUGUCCUGCGACCAAAGCGAGUUCCACGUGCACGUGCUCGAUGUGAAUGCAUACCUGGAUGCUCUGGGGAUGGAGAAGGUGGAAAACUUGCUACGGCAACGGUCGGUCGGAGCAUGGUUUCUGGAUCAUCUCGACAACCCCUUGGAGGCCAACUUGCCACUGUUCCCGCCCAACGUCGAGGAAGAGCUCACGUUCAAGCCGGGCGUGGAAAGGCCUGCAGUGACCUUCACGAUCAAGGUGCCUCAGCUCGAAAUCUCUGGUGUGCGCGAGACCACUGUGCAGUGCGACCACAUUUUGAGCCCUCAAGAGGCUGGAGACAUGAUCCUAUCUGACAAGGGAGGUGAAGUUGGUCAAGUGCUCCGAAGCUUACAUGCCCACAUCGAGGACUUUCGGAGAGCCGACCUCGCAAAAGGAAAUGGAUCUGCCUUGGAACAUCUGUUGUUCGACCUGUCGAUUCCAGGCCCGCUCUUGGCAACGCUGCGGCUCUUGCAGGGCUGCAGGUGCCUUGUGGAUCGCUAUGUUGGAGCGAUUUUGACUGCCGCUGCCUGGAACCAGCUGUUGGACGACGAGGAAGAUGCCGAACUCACCGUGAGGUACAUCCAGGGCCAGGCUGAUCCCAGCACGCGGAAGGUCGUUGAGCGCCUGCUUCGUGUGAAUCACAGUGACCGAGACAAGGAGAUUUGCCUAGCCGAUGUGGUGCGAACGCUGGGAGAUAUUGUGGAGCAACCCGGGCUCACGCAUGCGCAGAAGCAUGCCUGCAGCUGUUCCUUCAUUCGGCGACUGCAUGCUGCACUUCCCGCUGCUUACUACGAGGUUACAUCUCCGUUGCAUCGCUACAUCGACAUUUUGGGCAUGAGAGCUUUGAAGUGUCAGCUUGGAUGGACAGCUUCGCAUCCUCACCUGCUGCUCUCUCGGAGGGACUUGGAGGAGGCUGUCGCUCGGACCAACUGCAGGAUGGCUGCGGAAAGCUUCGGGCAGCACAUCUUUCGGACCAUAUCCAGGAUGCGAGAGCUGUCUGGCAGCGGCCAGCAGAUUUCGGAUGCUGUGAUUGGAGCAGUUGGCCCCAAGUACAUCAACAUCUUGGUUCCUUCCCAGAAGGCUCACACUUUGGAACUACAAGUGCCAGCAAGCUCAUUGUGCAGCUCCAGCUGUGUCUCAGAGUACGAUGCCACCAGCCAGUCGAUCAAACUCACCAUGAAAAACGAGAGGGACGAUGUGGAGACCUUGCGGAUACACUCGUGGUUUGCCCAGCGAAUGACCUGUGUGAUCGCUCGCAACUACGCCCAGCCCAUCCCGCACCACGCCAGCCCCAACUCGAUUGUGGUUUGGGAAAUCAAAUUUCAUGGGGAGAAGGACUUCAUCUUUCCCACGGGCAUCAAGAGGUUUCCGGAAUCCUUCUCUUCAUGGCCGGACCUCAGUGAUUGGCAUUUGCUGGACCGGAAAGUGGAGACCUACUCACAGGUGUGGUCCCGGAUCACGUUGGGCCAGGUCCAUGCUUCCGCUGUGUCCAGUGAUGCGUACACACCAGCCGCUGUGGCGAACGACCUGAAGUGGUUCCGCACCAGUGGCGCUUGGCACUUCGAAUGCCAAGUUGAGGUGAAGCUCUUGCAGUACCAACGGCUCCAGCCGGGAGAUUUGGCAGUUCUGAGCUUGGAGCGUGCUGGCGAAUGUUCUACUUUGCAGGGAACCUUGUUGAAGGUCAAGCCAUACAAGAAGAGUUCCAUCGUGGAGGUGGAGCUGUCUGAAAUUUCGGAGCUGGCUUGGCAUGCCCAGGAAGCCUUCUUGGAUGGUGCUUCCAAUUGGCGCCUGCACUUCAUUCUGAUCCCUCCAAAUGAGAAGAAGAGCAUCCAACUGCUACAGGACAUGCAGAGGUCUUGCCCGUUGCAAGGCAUGCGCUUGACCAUUCCGAGAAGUACGAAGGAGAUGAAGAGAGAGAUGGAGAUGCGGCCAUUGGUGACCAUCUCAGAGGCUAGGAUGCGCCGAAAACCAUCUAAUUAA